CCUCCUCUCUCUCGACUCAAACUGGUUCGAAUCGAAGCGCGCUCUCUCUCUCUCUCCGAGUGGAGCAGAAGAAGCCAUGGAGGCCAUACUCACCGACUGUGUACGGAACAGUCUUCGGCACUUCAUGUACCGAAACGCCAUUUUCAUGUGCGAGCGUCUCUGCGCCGAGUUUCCCACAGAGACAAAUUUGCAACUUUUAGCUGGCUGUUACUUGCACAACAAUCAAGCUUAUUCUGCAUACCAUCUUUUAAAGGGAACACAAAUGGCUCAAUCUCGCUACUUGUUUGCACUAUCAUGCUUUCAGAUGGAUCUUCUUAAUGAAGCAGAAGCAGCAUUAUGUCCGCCUAAUGAGCCUAGCACAGAGGUUCCAAAUGGUGCCACUGGUCAUUAUCUUCUUGGGCUUAUUUACAGGUACACUGAUAGAAGGAAAAAUGCUGUUCAUCACUUCAAUCAGGCUUUAUCCUUGAAUCCUUUACUGUGGGUUGCCUAUGAAGAACUAUGUCUAUUAGGGGUUGCCAAUGAGGCUACUGUAGUUUUUGGCGAAGCAGCUUCUCUUUGCAUUCAAAAGCAACCUUUACAUCAUGGAUUAGUUUCCCAAAGCUUGCAGACAUGCUGUGAGGAUCAGAAUUUAGUUUCGAGUAGGAGCGCUGGCGCUGAAGAUGUCAUUCCUAGGCAGUCAAAACAUAUGCAUGGAAAUAUCCCAAGGGAUGUACCUGGAAACUAUCAUGGAACAGUUCUAUCUGGAGGAGCUACUAGUCAGCCUCAAAAUGGUGGUCUUGCUAAUAUAUCAUUCUAUAAUACUCCUUCACCAAUUGCUGCACAGUCGUCAGGUGUUGCUCCACCUCCUUUAUGUAGAAACAUGCAGCCAAAUGGCCCACAUCCAAAUGCAUCUGGUGUUGAUAGCUCCCCGAAGUCAACUGUGAACAGUACAAUUCAGGCCCCUCGAAGAAAGUUCGUGGAUGAGGGAAAACUAAGAAAGAUAUCUGGGAGGUUGUUUUCUGAUUCUGGCCCUCGACGAAGCACAAGGCUUGCUGGAGAAGCAGGGGCUCUGUUGAAUAUAAGUUCCACAACAGUAGCUGGAAAUGGAAAUAGCCACUCCUCUAAAUACCUUGGCAGUUCCAAGUUAAGCUCUGUGGCAUUUCGUUCUGUGACAGUUCGUAAGGGGCAGUCUUCGGCUAAUGAAGGUUUUGAUGAAGGGAUUCGGCAUGAAGUUUAUGACGAUUCUCGUUCAAAUAUCACCACCACAUCAAGUUCAUCUCCCUCUGGUGAUGCUAGAUCUCUUGAGCAAGAAGGUCAAACCAUGCCUGCAGGUGGGGUUAUUGUUAGUGGCUCAAGAGUCUCAAGUGGUGCUUCAGAAAUAUUGGCCCUCUUGAGAAUUCUUGGGGAAGGCUAUAGACUUUCCUGCAUGUACAGGUGCCAGGAUGCACUGGAGGUUUAUCUGAAACUUCCACAUAAGCAUUAUAAUACUGGCUGGGUGCUUUCACAGGUUGGGAAAAUGUACUUUGAAUCUGUUGAUUAUCUAGAAGCCGAUCAUGCCUUCAGUCUUGCCCGUCUGGCCUCUCCUCAUAAUAUAGAAGGAAUGGAUAUAUAUUCUACAGUGUUAUAUCAUUUGAAGGAGGAUAUGAAGUUAAGUUACCUGGCUCAGCAGCUAAUAUCAACUGACCGCUUAGCUCCUCAAUCUUGGUGUGCUAUGGGAAAUUGCUUUAGCUUGCAAAAAGACCAUGAAACUGCACUUAAAAACUUCCAGCGAGCCAUCCAACUUAAUUCAAGAUUUGUAUAUGCCCAUACUCUUUGCGGUCAUGAAUAUGUGGCCUUAGAGGAUUUUGAGAAUGGAAUUAAGAGCUACCAGAGUGCCCUUCGGGUUGAUGCAAGACAUUAUAAUGCUUGGUAUGGCCUUGGAAUGGUCUACCUUCGCCAAGAGAAAUUUGAGUUCUCAGAGCAUCACUUCCGAAUGGCUUUUCAAAUUAAUCCACAUUCUUCUGUUAUAAUGUCUUACCUUGGAACUGCUUUGCACGCCUUGAAGAAAAACAAGUUAGCAUUGGAGAUGAUGGAGAAGGCUAUUUCAGCAGAUAAGAAGAAUCCCCUCCCUAUGUAUCAGAAGGCCAACAUACUUGUGAGCUUGGAAAAUUUUGAUGGAGCCUUGGAAGUCCUAGAGGAACUUAAAGAAUAUGCCCCUCGUGAAAGUAGCAUCUAUGCUUUGAUGGGUAAAAUUUAUAAACGGCAUAACAUGUAUGACAAAGCCAUGCUUCACUUUGGAUUAGCUUUGGAUUUGAAACCAUCUGCCACAGAUGUCGCCACCAUCAAGGCUGCCAUUGAGAAGUUGCAUGUACCAGAUGACAUAGAAGACUCCUUGUGAAUUUACCCAUCAUUAGAGUGCAGAGAUAGAGAGCAUGUUGUAUAUCUGUGGCUCGAGACAGUCAGCCCGAAGGGUUUUGGGCCUGCUUGUGCUUUCGGCCAAAUGCUGAACAAGAUGAUUCAAUCCUUCAGGCAGAUUCAUUGCCUUGGGCAGGCACCCUUUUGAAGCCUGCAGAUCUCAUCAAUGUGAAUCUACAGCUUCGUAGGUGUUUGAGAAAUGCAGGUAAAAAUGUAACAAUGUCAUUUAAAGAUGCAUACUUGUACCAAUUAGUGUCUAACAAUGCCAAGAAAGGCUUGUAUCAAUGGCUGUUCUCCUUUUUUCAAUCAUUUUAUUGUACUCUCUCUGAUAGAAAUAUGCAGAGUUGUACAUCUUAUCGAUUUUAUAUGAUACUUUCCAAAGGCAAGAUGAAAUUUGUACUUCGGCAUAAAAGGUUUAUUCAGUGUAGAAAAUUGUGUUUGCAGG